AUGUCGGGAAAUCCCUCAGACCCUCCCCUGGGAACCCCUAAAUCUCCCCCAACAACGAGCCCUCCUCAAGCGGCCGGCAACGGAAAGCCAAAGAAACCUCCUGCUCGAAACGGAGCUGGGCAGCCUCCCAAGGGUUGGGACUCUCUUCGGGACCCGGAGCUCGAUAAGAAAAAUGAUGUUGAGCUCUCUAAGAGCAAAGAAUGA